ACCGCAAAUCGCCGAAGCAAGCAGGCGAGCUCGGGACCAGAUCCACUGCGGGCAGCUGGAGCGGAAGGGCCAUGGGGACGCCGCCGCCUUUCCAGGAGUCCGGCCACUGCGACGUCUGCCGCUGCACCUUCAACACCUUCCGCCGCCGUCAUCACUGCCGCAGCUGCGGACGGACGCUCUGUCACGAGCAUUCUUCGUACUACAUGGCUCUCCCGCAGUAUGGGAUAUAUACAGACGUCAGAGUCUGCUACGGUUGCUUCAACAAAUCCUCCAGCCAAGGACACGCUGAUAAUCCGGUGUCAGCUGGUAGCAUUUCUGGAGCAGCUGACUCUUUUUCAGGGCUGAGUUUGGGUAAGGAGGAUGAUUCGUCGCCUAUGAAGAAUUCAACGGUUCAGAGCACGGCAGCCCUUAUUGAGUGCAAAUGUGGGAUGCCUUUGUGUAUAUGUGAAGCACCAAAACCAGAACCUUCUCCUACACCUGUAAAGAAUAUCAACACCGUUCCCCCAACCACACAGUCAAAUCCAAGGCCAAAGAAGCCUGCUAACACUCAACAGAAGGCUUCAGCUACUUCCAGUAGCAACUCAAGCCCAUUCUUAAAUAUUGGAUUAAUGAACAACGAUAGCAAUGAUAAGGGCAUUGUUGACUAUGAAGUUAGUGGGGAGGGACUGAGAGAAGCAAUUAAAGGCGGGGAUGUUAAGGGUGUAAAGAAACUUCUUACACAGGGAGUGGAUUCUAACUACUGCGACAAACAAGGAUUUACUUUGCUGCAUUUGGCUGCUUUGUUUAACCAAACUGAAAUUGCUCUUAUUCUCAUGGACCAUGGGGCAAAUGUUGAAAGCAAAAAUGGGCAAGGGGAAACUCCUUUGGACUGUGCUCCGGCAAUGCUGCAAUACAAAAUGCGCCAACGGGUGGAAGAACUCGCGGCUUCGGCUUCGAAGGGACCACUAGGGUGAACUGUGCUCGUGCUAGUUUCUGCUGAGUUCCUCCUAUUCCAGUUUGUGUCAAAUGUGGUGUCAAGAAUAAAAUAGUUAAGUCAGCUGAAAGCUUCUUGCUGGUGGGACAGUGUUUGGUCCGCCAGUGUAUACCAUCUAGAAACGUUGAAUGCCAGUCACGGCUCACGCGUGUGAAAUAAUAUAUAUUCAGCUUCAUCCUACAUUCCUACUCAUGUACUCUGUAGCCGGUGAAUACUUCCAAACAUUUACCACGUACAAUAUGUUUUUCUUUUACUGAAA